GUGGCUCACUCGUAGCUUGCUGCCCAGCAGGAAGGACAGAAGAACCAGGAUCCGGCAUGUCGGACCAGUCGGCGUUUGAGACGGACGUAUGGACCCUGACCCGGUUCGUCAUCGAGACGGGGCGCCAGGCUAAAGGGGCGACGGGUGAGCUGACCCAGCUCAUCAACGCCAUGCUGACGGCAAUCAAAGCAAUUUCAUCUGCUGUGCGUAAGGCAGGCUUGGCCCACCUGCACGGUCUGGCGGGCGCUGUGAACGUGACGGGGGACGAUGUGAAGAAGCUGGACGUGCUGUCGAACGACCUGGUCAUCAACAUGCUGCAGGCCUCCUACAGCACCUGCUGCAUGGUGUCUGAGGAGAACAAGGAGCUCAUCGUCACCCCCAAGGAGAAGAGGGGGAAGUAUGUGGUCUGCUUCGACCCUCUGGACGGCUCCAGUAACAUCGACUGCUUGGCGUCCAUCGGCACCAUAUUCGCCAUCUACAAACGGAUCUCAGAGGGGGAGCCCACCGAGAAAGACGCCCUGCAGCAGGGCAACAACAUCGUGUGCGCCGGCUACGCCCUCUAUGGCAGCGCCACCCUGGUGGCCCUCAGCACGGGCGCCGGGGUCAACUUCUUCACACUCGAUCCUGCCGUCGGCGAGUUCAUCCUGACUGAAAGGAGCGUAAGGAUCAAGCCCAAGGGGAAGAUCUACAGUCUGAACGAGGGCUAUGCCAAGUACUUCCACCCCUCCAUCAAUGAAUACCUCAAACACAAGAAGUACCCCGAGGAUGGCAGUUCGCCCUACGGAGCGAGAUACGUGGGCUCGAUGGUCUCAGACAUUCACCGCACCAUCGCUUACGGAGGGAUCUUCAUGUAUCCAGCCAAUGAGAAGAGCCCAAAGGGAAAGCUGCGGCUGCUUUACGAGUGCAACCCCAUCGCCUUCAUCAUCGAGCAAGCCGGUGGCCUCGCCACCACCGGCACUCAGAGGAUACUGGACGUUCAGCCCGAAUCGCUCCACCAGCGGGUGCCCUUUGUCGUCGGCUCACCUGAUGACGUCAACGAGUACCUGUCCUUCGUCAAGAAGUUCUCAUAAAGCUGCGGGAGCUUCGAUUGGCUCGACUUACAGAACAUGAAGAUUCUUAAAAUGUGGUUUUCUCACAGUCGUGACCUGAUGUUGUUUUCUGCUUUAACUAUAACAGCUAAAUAUUCAGCUUAACCUUAAAUAAAUAGA